ACAUCCAUUCCAGUUCAUUGAAAAUUUAGCAAUCAUUCAAGAUGAUACAGCGACGUAGCAUGUUGACUGUGCCUCGGCUGCUCGUCUUCUGGGCAAGCUUUGGCGUGAUGGCUGCCUACAAGGGACCCGUGAGCAGCGCUCUGGGACCUGCGCGACCCACGCGCAUCGUGGAGACGCUGACGCAAUGGCAACAGUUGGAAUACGGCUUUGCUUCGGAGCAGGACCGACAGAAGGCGCAGUCUGACGGCAAUCUACUGCCUGGCUAUGGCACGCCCAUUGAUGUGCAACCUCACUAUCUGCCCAACGGGCAGGUGCGUAUAUUCACCACGGUGCCACGCUUUGUCACCGGCAUACCCUACACGCUGGCCACGGUCUCCGCGCAGUUGGGCAGCAAGGGACCCCUGCUGCAGCCGUAUCCCAGCUUUAACUGGCAUAACAACAAUGGAGACAACUGCGACCAGAUUACCUCAGCUUUUCGUGUGGCUAUCACAGAGUGCAAUCAGAUGUGGGUCAUUGAUUCGGGCAACAUAGGAGGCGUACAACUCUGUCCGCCACAGUUGCUGAAGUUCGAUCUGAACACCGAUAGUCUGCUGCAUCGCUUCCGUUUGCCCAACAAUACAUAUGUGGCUCACGCCUCGAUAAUCAUAGCGCCCAACUUGCUGGUGCAGGAUCCACCGCCGCGUGGCAACUGCGCCCGCACCAUGAUCUACAUGCCGGACGUCACCUUCCAUGGACUCGUCGUCUACGAUCAUCAGACCGAUGCAGCUUGGCGCAUUGAGAAUCGCUUCAUGUACCCAGACCCUGACUAUGGUCGUCACACCAUCGCCGGCGAGAGCUUCACUCUGAUGGACGGCAUCUUUACCGUGAACAACGAUAGGCAGAAUCUCUACUUCCAUCCACUGGCCAGUAUCAGCGAGUAUGCUGUGCCGCUGAGCGUGAUCAACAGGCGAGAGAACUUUGCGGACGAUGUCAGUGCCAUGGAGGAUCAAUUCAAGCUGCUGGGCAGGCGCAAGAGCGAAUGCGCCGCAUCUGCCAUGGACAGUCGCAAUAAUCUCUACUGUGUCACCUUGAAUCCGAUCAAGCUGUUCGCCUGGAACACGAAAACGCCCUACCUCACACGUAACUUUGGUAAUCUACCAGCUAAGUCCAGUGAGCUGCAGUUCGUCAGCGGCAUGAAGGUUGUGCGCAAUCCUGGCGGUCAGGAGGAGCUCUGGAUGCUCUCCAAUCGUUUCCAGAAAAUUUCUGCGGGCACAUUGAACUCGAAUGAGAUCAACUUCCGCAUCUUGCGCCGCCAGCUCGACGACAUACACAGCGGAGUAUACUUCGCCAGCGACGACGAUCUGACCAAUCGCUUGAUCUUCAGCUAAGCUCUACCGUAAACAGUUAAACCUAAGAAUCAAUAGAUAAUCUAAAUACAAGACACUAUCUUAAGCUUCCACAAGGCACACUCCGACAACAGCAAGUUGACAUAUUUAUAUAGUAUAAUGAAACACGUAAAUAUCUGAAAGCUCUGCUUCUUUAUCUAUAAAUUUAG